UAAGACAGAAAGACACACAACACUUUCAACUAUUUAUAUCUCGCGGCAUCCCCCACCCUCACCAUUAGGCCCCGUCCUCGGGACUUCGGAUCAGCUUCUGCUCCCUCCCAUCGUCAGCUGAUCAGCAAAACAGUAUUUGAUUUUUUCUUUUGGAUGAUGGGGAGAACUUCAAAACCAGAACCCGGAGAGCGAAUAGACAUUGAGAACAGCAAUUUUCCGACUCCGAGCAUGGAUAAUCCUCCCAUGUCUGGUGCCGACAUCCGGAGCUUGGUGAAGCAGCUGACAUCAUCCACCCGGACAACGAAGGACCAGAUGGCGAUGAGCUCACUGGAUCCGGAAUCGGGUGACGGCGACAACCCAGCAUCACGGAAUUUUACCCAAUACAGUGAUGAGACCCAGCAGCAGCAGCAGUCGAAGUCCGGACCGCCACCACCACCCCAUAAGAAACAGGUGAGGCGGCGCCUCCACACGACCCGACCUUAUCAGGAGCGGCUCCUCAACAUGGCCGAGGCUAGGCGGGAGAUCGUCGCCGCCCUCAAAUUCCACCGGGCCGCCAUGAAACAGGCUCAAGAACAACAGCAAGAAGAAGAAAAACAUCAGAAACAGCCCCCGCCGCCAAUUCCUAAUCCUCUUCACCAACCGCCGAACUACAUGAAUUAUCAAUUCGAUACAAGCUCGAUUCCCUUGCCGCCGUUUCCUUAUCCGUCACCUCAUAAUCUCGGCCUGAGCUUGAGCCAAAACCCUUUCUCGUGGCCAGUUUCCCAGAUAUCACCCCUGAUUGAGUCCUCUACUGAUAACCUCACCCUCGUGCUCCCAAACCAGACGCUCGGCCUAAACCUAAAUCUUCAUGAUUUCGAUAACCUUAUUUACCACAAUGGAAGCACGAACCCGCCAUCAAUCUCCUCGACCUCAUCGCCACCAUGUUCAUCAUCCUCGUCAUCAUCCUCUUCCUCCGCGUUGACAACAGUCUCCCACGAGGUGGGGCCGGGAGCGGAACCAGGCAAGGUCACGGCUGCAGUGGCCACCGAGGAAGGGAGGCGGGAUAAUGAGGAGAUGGCAGAGGAGAUGAGGUCCAUAGGGGAGAGGCACCAGAUGGAGUGGAAUGACAGGAUGAAUUUGGUGACUUCAGCGUGGUGGUUUGAGUUCUUGAAGGGCGUGGAAGCCGAUGAUGAGGAGGUUGUUAAGAGGGCAGCGGAGGAGUACUGCAGCGGAGGUGGUGGGUUCCAGGUUUUCGAUGAGGUCAUGGAGUUUCCGCCGUGGUUGGGCAGCGGCGAAAGCUGCCUUCAGCAGCACUUGGUGGAUGAUUGCUUCUCCGACGACUAUUUGCUGCAGGAUGCUUCUUUGGCCUGCAUGGACAUUGGGGAGAUAGAAGGGAUUGAUGGGGAGUGGUUAUCAUCAUGACAAGGAUUGGUUAUAUUUUUGAUCAAUCAAAUCUUUGGCUCCCUCCAUAUCUUCUGUCCUUUUUUUUAUGGUUGGUUUGCAGAUUGUUAGAACUUUUUUCCCUCUUAAUAAAAGGCUUUGCAAAAGAGACUGAAGUCAGGCAAGCCGCAGAGGAAAAAUAAUUCUAGCAAGAAAAAAGUACGAUUAUUUAUUGGAAACUUUGUUGGACAA